UUGCGGUAACAUUGUUGUUGAGUGACGUCACGGGCAGAAAAUGAAGGCGCAGAGGUAGCCAUUAGUGGAGGCUCCGCAAUUAUUAAAUCCAAAUAAAUAUUGGUGGGAAAACUUCCAUGGCAAGAACCACUAGUCAAGUUUACGAUGCCGUUCCUGUGCAGUCCAGCUUCGUCAUCCGCUCCUGUCAGCAUCCGUCGAUGGUAAGAAGCCACGCUGACUGCAGCACGCCGCUGUCCACCCCGGGCGCCACUAGCAGCCCGUGCCACGGCAUGGAGGCACCCACGGCGGAGCGCAGGGGCCCCGAGAAGCCGGCCGACGCAGGCGCCGAGCCGAGAUCUCUCCCAGCGCAGCCUCGCAAGAAGAGGCCCGAGGACUUCAAGUUCGGGAAGAUUCUCGGGGAAGGCUCAUUCUCCACAGUUGUGCUGGCAAGAGAACAGUCAACAGGAAAAGAAUAUGCAAUUAAAAUUCUGGAAAAGCGGCACAUAAUGAAGGAGAACAAAGCACAGUAUGUAAAGCGGGAGAGAGACGUGAUGUCAAAUCUAGACCACCCGUUCUUCGUCAAGCUGUACUUCACGUUUCAAGAUGACGAGAAGCUGUAUUUUGGGCUUAGCUAUGCUAAAAAUGGAGAGCUGCUUAAAUACAUUCGCAAAAUUGGUUCUUUUGAUGAGACAUGUACUAGAUUUUACUCUGCUGAAAUAGUCUGUGCACUAGAAUACCUGCAUGCAAAGGGGAUUAUUCACAGGGACCUUAAACCAGAGAAUAUUCUUUUGAGUGAGGAUAUGCACAUUCAAAUAACAGAUUUUGGAACAGCAAAACAGUUAUCCUCCGACAGCAAACAAGCCAGGGCAAACUCUUUUGUAGGAACUGCACAGUAUGUUUCCCCAGAACUGCUGACUGAGAAGUCUGCUUGCAAAAGCUCCGAUCUCUGGGCUCUAGGUUGUAUAAUCUACCAGUUGGUGGCAGGCUUGCCCCCAUUUAGAGCCGGGAAUGAGUACCUAAUAUUCCAGAAAAUAAUAAAGCUGGAGUAUGAAUUUCCAGAGAAAUUCUUUCCUAAAGCAAAGGACCUUGUUGAACAGCUUCUGUCUUUGGACCCUUCCAAACGUUUAGGCUGUGAGGAGAUGGGUGGGUAUGACCCCCUGAAAGCUCAUCCAUUCUUUGAGACCAUCACGUGGGAGAACCUUCACCUUCAGACUCCACCUAAGCUCACCCCCUACCUCCCCGCAAUGUCAGAGGAUGACGAGGACUGCUAUGGAAACUACGACGACCUCCUGAGCCAAUUCAGCAACUUGCAGGUGUCCCAGUCGACCUCGUCGCACACGCUGGCCGUGCCCGAGUCCGCCCCACCACAGAGGUCCAACAGCAACAUCGAGCAGUACAUCCAUGACCUGGAUAACAACUCAUUCGAGCUGGACCUGCAGUUCUCAGAUGAGGAGAAGCAGCUGCUGCUGGAGAAACAGACCAGCGGCAAUCCCUGGCACCAAUUUGUAGAAAACAACUUAAUACUUAAGAUGGGGCCAGUGGACAAACGGAAGGGGCUGUUCGCUCGUCGACGCCAGUUGCUACUGACUGAAGGUCCUCACCUUUACUAUGUGGACCCAGUCAACAAAGUCCUGAAAGGAGAGAUUCCUUGGUCCCCAGAGCUGCGGCCAGAGGCCAAGAACUUCAAGACGUUCUUUGUUCAUACGCCUAACAGAACAUAUUAUCUGAUGGACCCUAGUGGGAAUGCAGACAAAUGGUGCAAGAAGAUUCAGGAAGUGUGGAGGAAGGUUUACCAUAAGCACCAAAACACUGGCAGUUAGGUCCAUUGGCCGUGAGUGGGGGCACCAGCUGACCAUGCAGUCGGACCCUCGUGCCAUGACGCCAGUCAUGGAUCAAAGAAACACCUUCCCUUGUGUCUUUAUCUGAACUGUUUUAACACCUCUUCUAGAAACGCUGGCCUCUAAGUUUCGUUCUCCAUCCCUAAAAGCAGUAAGGGAGGGGUGAAAAAUGGGAAAACGACGUGGAAUUCAGGGUUGCUUUGCUUGUUCUCUGUGCUGUAGUUGAGACUUCAUUGCAUAUCGUCGUCGCGCAUGAAUAUCCAGUUUUUUCCACCCGCCAGCUGUCCUGCUACCGACGAGCACAGGAGACACAAUAAGAAACAGCUUUGCGUGUGUGGAGAGCUUUACUGGGGUUAAUGUAGCAAUCCACAUGGGCUUAUAGACAAGCAGUAUAUACUGUGUAGCUGUGGUUACAGUUCCAGGCUAAAUCUGUGGCACCUUAUUUAGUAAUAAGUUAGACAAGGAGCCUUAAGUGGAGAAAUGCUCGUCUAAUGUUAAUGCUGGCUUUCUCAGUAUCAGCCUGUGGGUGACGGUCACUCUUUUCCCUUUUUUUUUUUUUAUUUUUCUUUCCUGCAGAAUUACAGUGGUACUUUAAAUUUCAUUAUCUCUGCAUCAGUUGAUUUCUGGAUGACUGACAGAUUACGAUCAGUAAAACUAAAUCCAAAUUGUAUUAAACAAUUUAUUCAACAUUCAAGUCUCUCAAUGAAAUAUUUGCUUACUCUCCCUGCAUGGCCAGUUGUAAAUUGCAAAUUCAGUAGUUUUUGCCUUCGCUGGCUUUUAUAAAAAAAAAAAUAAA